AUGCCAAGAAACAAAAAAACCACUUCAUCUUCAACCAAGAAACGCCUUGAUAAAGAACAGCAAAAUCAUGAGGAGGAAAAAUCAGCAUCAUCAGAAAACGUGAAUGAUACAUCAUCAAAGCUAGAUGAAAAAACAACACACUCCGAUGAUCAAGUUGGUAAAUCGGACUUGUCAAACAAAUUAGCCUCCUACUCCCAGAGAUUAUUUAAUUUACAACUCAGACUAAAUCAAGCCAAGCAUGACAAUACAGAACAAGCUAUAGAAGAAUACGAACAAUUAGAAUAUAAACCAAAACCAUUUUUCAAUCAUAAAAAUGUAAUUGAAAAAGCAAUGGAAAUUCCAAAUGUCACACUAGAAGAAUCCGAAUAUUUUGAAAAGAAACGAAAGAGAUCACAAAAGAAAAAGCCAGAGGGAUGGGAGGCUUUAAAUAGCGAUUCAUUGUACAAACUUCAUAAAAAGAGAAUCAAGGAAACUAUUUCCCAACAGGCUAUUGAAGAAUAUAAAUCAGCAGAAAGAGAUUCCGAAACAAAUUUACUUGCCUACGGCUCAUCGUUGGGGAAAGAUAUUUCGGACGAAAAUAAGGAGAUUAUGGCUAAUGAAUUGAAACAAAAAAUUGAAAAAAGCAAAGCUAAUUACAGCAGAGAACGAAAGCAAAAUGACGACGAAACUGUACUCUAUGUCAAUGACACCAACAAACGAUUUACCAAGUCUCUCAGCAAAGCGUAUGACAAAUACACAGAAGACAUCAGAGGUAACUUGGAAAGAGGAACGGCUAUGUAA